CCGGGCUUGGCGUUUAGUCAGCGGCUUUGGCUAAAGAAAGAUGCACAGCCUCGUCUGACAAUUCCAGCUAGCUAUCAAGGGAAAUCUGCCUAUGAUCAUUGUUGGUUAUUUCAAUGAAGUGCACUAUCUUGCCUUUCAAAAUAGUCGUGAAGUUGCAUACAGCUAGAAUAUCACCAAUUGUGUACCGGUGAUCGCCAUGCCUUCCGUGUCCAAGACCUGCCAACGCUGUGCUGCUUCCAAGGUCCGAUGUAUUCGAACUUCCGAGAAUCCUCAUGUGUGUAAGAGAUGCCUGCGACUAGGCAGAGAAUGCCUCUAUAGGCAAACGGGCCGUCGCUUCCAUGGCUUCCAGAAAGAUCGAAAGAUUGAAGCCCUAGAAUCCAAGGUCAGGGAGUUGAUGACGGACCAAACUGCAGUGCAGCCGUCACAAAAAACUCCGGAGACAGCGCCCAGAACAAGAAGCGCAUCUGUGAUUGAAAGCGACGAGGGCGACAAGGAUAUAAUUGACCGGGGUCUUUUAAACACAGAAGCUGCAGAAAACUAUCUCGAGUCAUUCAAGUCAAUUUUGACUCCACACUUUCCCUUCGUGGUCAUCCCUCAUCAGGCUUCUGCCGUCCAGUUGCGAGAGGAAAAGCCGUUUCUGUUCCUGGCCAUCAUGGCCUCAGCAUCAUACGAGAACAUACUAUUGCAGAGAUCACUAGGUGCUGAAGUCAGGAGAGCUGUUGCGUCUCGUAUCAUUCUCAACGGAGAAGUGUCGUUUGACUUGCUGCAAGGGCUACUGGUAUUCCUGGCUUGGUCGCAUUAUUACACAAAGCCACAGCGCUAUACUCAGUUUCUCCAAUUGGCUGUAAGCAUCAUUACAGACUUACGUUUGGACCGACCGCCACGGACAAAGACGUGGAAGACUAAGCUACACUUUGAACAACAAACUGCGGCAGAUGAACAGACAUUGGAUCGACCAUCAUGGGGGAGUGACGAGAGAAGAGCUAUUAUUGGCUGUUACUAUCUAUCGUCGGCGAUCUCUGUUCUCCUUCAGAAGCAAGCUGCCUUUUCCUAUAUUCCGUACCUUGAAGAGUGUUGCCAGUCGCUUCAGGAUGGGAAAGAGUAUCCUCAUGAUCAGUACAUCGCCGCACUUGUCCAGUUGCAACACAUUGCAGAAAAAAUAGAUCGGCUAUCUAUAAGUCACAGACAAGAACUCAUGACACCCGAUUCAGGCUCGGGACUUUAUGUGACAAGUCUCAGGUCAGACCUAGAGACUUUUCAGAAUCGACUAAAAUUCAACAUUCACGAUGCUCCAUUUCUUGCGGUUCAAUUUUACACCACCGCUCUAUCUCUCUACCAAAUUGCUCUCACUGCGAUCAGCCCCCAGUCUGGAUUCCAGUUAGUGGUCCACCAGCCUGACUGGAAUGAAAUGUCGUGUGCGGCGAUUAGGUCCUCCGAGCGCAUACUCAAUCUUUACCUCUCGCUUCCACCUGGCACGGAACUCGGAUUCACAAACACGCAAUGGGUGCAAAUGGCUUUUGCCAUGGUCAUCCUGUACCGGCUUACUGCAAAAUCUAAUUCAACCCAAACAGCAGCAUUCCUUACACUGUUAAACCAGCUGCAGUUGCGCGUGGGCGCCUUGACAACUCCUCAGGUGGACUCGAACGGAGAUCGCGACACAUUCUUCGAAUUCACGAGACGAGUCACUCAGAUUAAAGGAUUGCUGGACAAAUCACAGAUAUAUAUCGAUCAGAAUCGCUUAUCAAUUCCUGGAGCUGGAGUGAACGUCUCUGUCGACAUCCCCGAGGCGAUCGAGGGGGACCCUUUGGGUCUGGACGGUCUAUUCCCGGAAGAUCUCUUGAUGCACGUUGAUUUCUCGUCUGAUUAUCUGUUCGAGGCUUCUGUGGAGCAGAUCAUGGGUAAUUGGAUCUGAUACGUGCGGUGGAGACCGUCGUCAGCUUGUCUUGUUCAAAUACCCUUGGACAGAGGCCGGACUAUGGUUGACAUUGAUGAAAAGCGAGACAAAAGCCCCUUUAUUUAGCAUAUUUGUCUUGUAAGAAACACGCAAGUGGCAGUGCUCUCGAGAUCACCGAAGUAUCAUCUCCGACCG